GAAAGAGCUUGGUUACUGAAGUGGAACGUCACACCUGUAGGUGUCGGAGAAAGGAGAUUCUGAGGAGGAUACGAGGAUUCCUCCCGCAAAAUGUCCUCAAAGACCAGGAAAAUCCCUCUCUAAUGCUCGGUUACUUGUUGAUGUGUGGUUCAAAAAGAUAAAGGAGUUAUAGACAGAACCACGAUGCAAAUGAACUGAUGUCCAUCAAAAUUUUACAGGGACGGAUACUUACGGAAACGAAAAUGGCUUGGAAUCACAAACAAUAAACAAACCUCUGGGAAAUAAAUGAUUCUAAGAAAAUAUAGAAACUGAGCAGUUCUUAGAAUCAAUAUUGUCGGCUUUCUGACACAUACAGAGAGGGAAAAUAAUUUCGAGGAAAAAAUGAGCUUCAACAGGGAAAAAUCUUAUGGCGGAACCAACCUUUUAGAUUCUCCAUCAGAGGCCAAAAGACGGCGAGUGGUGGGGGACGAUGUGUCUAUAGCGAGCACGCUGAGCAGUCAGGUGAGCAGCCGCUCGCAUUCCCCCACAUUUUCGGAGACGCUGGAUGACAGUUUCCUCAGCACACCUGGAAACUCUCCAGCAACAACUUUAAAGCUGAAGGAGAAAUUACGAGUCAAAUAUGGUAGAACGGAGCUCCUUUCUACCAUAGAGCAAUAUCUUUUGGAUAAAGAUAUCAUUGAAGCUUGUCAGUCCCUUGAUGACACUGAGGGUACCGAUGACAACAAGAAGGUUUCAUUGAUGGAGUUCCGCCAGCAGUACAGAGAGUUGUCCCAGUGCCUGACGAAUGUCCAGAGGGUGGCCCAAAAGUCACUGGGAUCACAGAUGCUGUCCGAAAAGUACUUAGUACAGAGCAACAAUUUAGACCUCCUUAACAAGUCUUUGACCAGACGUAAAUCUUUCAUGGACUAUGCAAAACAACUCCUUCAGCGAGAACCAAACCACAAACAGGAAAUUGAUGAGAGAGUCAAUUCCCUCAACAAAAUGUGGAGCACUUUGGAACAAGAUGUUAGUGGCAAGGCCAUGUGGCAGAACACAAGGACCAUGAUCAGAGAUCUUGAGACAGAUCUGAAGACUUUACAAGCUUGGCUUACAGACACAGAGCAGAAGCUGUUUUCGAUGUCAACUCAGUACCAGCAGUCUGAUGCUGAGUUAAAGAAGAGCCUGGAGGAACAUAAGACCUUGCAAAAGGAUAUAGAAUCUAAGAAUCGUAACAUCAGUGCUGUUCUUCGCUUGAGUGAACUUCUUCAAAAUGACCUUGAGGACCAAAUCAAGAAUGACGUUUUCCCCCUGCAGGAGCUGGCUUUUACUCUGCAGCAGAGAUGGCAUGAGAUUUGGCUUGCGUCUAUAGAAGUUCAGUGCAGGCUGGAAAAUGCCCUGAAAGGAGGCAAAAAGAAUGAAUUUUCACCAAAUACCUAUUUAAGUGGCUUGAUUCCUUCCCACUUUGCGCUAGAGAAUGACCCAGAACAGGUGAACUUGGGUUCAGACGACAGUUUCCAGAACCUAUUGCCUCGGCAGGCAGACUUGGUGGAAUCUCCACCAUAUGAUUGCUCUCUGUCCAGUGACAACAGUGGAAAGGACAGUGCAGUGGUCAGUGAAGUGGAGAUUAAGAUGUCCUCGGAGUGCAGCGACUCUGACCUUGACAUGUUAAGGAGGUCACAUCAGAAGUCGGAAACCAGGGACAUUGGAUACAGCAGUGGGACUUCGAUAUCUCCAUUCGCAACUGGUCACACUAGCACAGAAUCAGACUGCGAUGAUAUCAAGAAGCUCAUUGACAAUGUGGAGAAUCUAGUAGGAGAGAAACAGAAAUCUCCACCUAGGCAGAGGAAGUCUGAGAGCCCUAAGAAAAAGAAGGGCCCAAUCAGUUCCUGUGAUGCCAGCAGUGAGGACAGUGAUGCCUCACUUGAGGAUUUCUCAACAGCCUCAGAUGAUGCAGAGGGGCUGUAUGAUAGUGUUAUGGGAGGGUUAGAGUACAAUUCUGAUGUAUCUCUUCCCAAUAACCUCCCAAGCUUAUAUAACACUGCCAAACUAAGGCAGAAUGGAAAGAAAAAGAAGGAUCGACCUUGGAGUGCGAUCCAGAUCAAGGAGUCUGAUGAUGACUCUAUGACCUUUUCAAGGUCAGACACAGCCGUGGAACAGCUCAGGGAUGCUUUGGAGACCCCAACAGGAAAAGGUGAGAUUGGGAGAAGUACCCUGCCACGAGCUGGAGCUAAGAGAAAGCUAUAUGAGGCUGAUGCUGUUUAUACCUCAGAUCCAGGAAGCUCAGGAUCUGAAGAUUAUGCUACUGCCCACAGUGAAUUCAUUAUGUCAGAUGAAGAUGAAAAUAUAGCCAGCACAGCUUCAUUCUCUGAACCUAUUUGGGAUAAUUACCAUCAGGUGUAUACGUCAUUAGGGGAGGAAGAAGAGCAGCCCCUGAGAUGGAAUACCCUGGAGGAGGAUUUUGAAUUUGAUGAUGAGUUUUCUCAGUACUCUGCUAUGCAGUCUGCUGCCUCUGAAAAGAGGAAAACACCCAGACCCAAAAUGGUUAGCCAGGGCAGUCGACCAGGGUAUGACAGUGAUUCAGACCUGGAGGACCUGAACUGCUUUAUUGAUGACUCUAUUAGUCAACUGAAGAUAGCAGAUCAUCACCUGAAGAAGAAAAGUAAAGACUUCAUGGGUACAGGAGUGGAGAUCAACACCAACAAAUAUAAUGAAAUCAUUGCCACUUGUCAGACCAACAUCGCUUGUCUACAGAGUGUACUAAAACAUCUCAACGAUGAAGUCACCGAUGAGGAGAUAGAAAAUAUGAAAGAUGUAUUGGCACAGUGGGAAAAGUUACAUGCUUUUGCCAAAGAACGACAGUCUGAGUCCAGUGAGUUAUCAGCAAUGAACAAGUGUCUUAAGGAUGUGGAGGCUGAGUUGUCCAGCUGUGGUGAGGGGACCAAGUCAUUCAGCAGCCUUAGAGACCUAGAGCAUUGUCUGAUCAGCACAAAGACAAAGCUGGAGAGCCUGCCCUGUAUAGAAAACAAAAUGGCAACAUUACACAGAAUGUGCAGUGGAUUUCAAUUGGAACAUCCUGCCAUCAACUUGCUGGCUUUCAGUCAACAGGUCAACAAGACCAGCAAUAAUCUCAGCAGAACCAAGGACUUACUGACAAAGCAGUUGUCCGAGCUCGAGUCUGAGUACCAGAUUUGGAGUGAUUAUAUUGAGGAGAGGAAUGCCCUCGAGGAGCUCCUGUCCUCAGAAUUUGAUAUGGACCUCAUGAUGGCAAACAUGCAGAGGGAGGACUCUAUACAAUACCUUAAUUCAGUGAAUGAAAACCUUCAAAAAUAUGAGGAAAAGUGUUGCCAUCUGCAAUCACUGCGAGGACGUUUAAUGCAGUUUGCAGAUGAGCAGAUGAAAGUGGACAUAACGAAUGAGACAGCAGAUAUACAGGAUCGAAUGUUAGAGGCCCACAGACAGUAUAGGACCUUAUUGUGGUCCGUUAAUCAGGGAUCAAUAGACCUACCACAAAAGAUGCAAAAACAUCAAAGUGACCUUGCAUCGAAAUCAGCAGCUGAAGGUCAGACUAUAACACCGUCCAGAUCGUGGUACCGCUCAGGAUAUGUUAAGGCAGCGGGGGUAUUUGUCAUGUUUGGUAUUGCCUAUCUUGUGGACCCAGAGGCUAUCAAACACCUAGGUGAUCUCACAAUUACACUUGCACCAGAACUACGAUAUGUAAAUGGCCCACCACCCAUUUAAAUGUACUUUAUAAAUAGGUCAGGACAAGAAAUAUUUUUUUAAUAUGUAUAUAUUUUAGAUUAAUUUUUUUUUGUAAGAAGUCUAAAAUAGGAGAAAAACAAUAACCAAAAAAAAUAAUAAUAAAUUUGUGUUAAUAAAUCAUAUUUUCCAAUUUUUGUAAAUGUGUAAAGGUAAUUAAAAGUGUGUUGAUAUCAUUUGUACAGUAUAUUAAUUAGAAAUACAAACAUCAUUCCCGUACUUCAGCACAAUUCACAGAUAAUAACAAAAUGGAAAUAAAAGUACUGGUAUACAUAUUUAUAUUUGAUACAGUGGGUUAAAACAAAACGGUAUGGCUACUAGUUCUUGAUUCAUUUAAUUUAAGAUAAUUUUUAAAGGGAUUUAAUGAUUUCCAGAUUGAUAUUUCACAAUCAGUUUUACACAGGCAGCUAUUUACAUGACACCGCCUCGGUGAAGGGAGGCAAUCCUACAUUGUACAUUUAGAUAUAUUGUCUCAUCAGGUUGUUUUAUAUGUCUCCACUUCAUUUGUACAUAGCUUAUUUAUUUUGUUAUUAAAUUUAUUUUUGCAUGCAUAGGUCAUAAGGUCAUAUGUAUACCUAUUCAAGGUCAAAUUUUGGACAUUGUAGCUAUGUUGGAGGAUGUGUAAAUAAUUAGGACGGUUGCAGGACUGGCUAUAACAAAAGGGACUUAAAUUAUGCAUUCUUAUGCAAAGAUUUAUGAAAGUAAACUUAGAAGUGGACCUAAAGGUAUGAUAAAAGUGAUUUCACUGGUCUGUCCACUCAAAAAAUCAGCCCACCAAUGGCCUUUACUAAACUAGAGAAUCUAGACAGAAAGUAUGAAAAAUCUUGGGCAUAUACAAAUGUGGGUAUUUAUCUUACUUAUUAUACCGGUAUAUACCAUACCAUUAUUGAUGAUGGGCAUUAUCGUUUAGUAUUGUGAUACCAUCUUCAGAGAUACUUUUCAAAAGGGACCCAUUAAGGAGAGACUUACUCUUAAAAAGUAAACAUUUUGUUAGAGAAAGUACUUGUCAUAAAAGUUGUCACUUAAGUAUUGGCAUUAUGGCAUCCAACAUUGAUGUCAAAACAAGUACUUAAUAAGAACAGAAGAGAAAGAUCUAAAGAAGUGACUUAAGGAUAGUAUAUUUAAGAAGAGGGAUUGUUCUUUCAGAACAGUAACUGGAAAGUAGUUUAUCAAGACCUCCAAAGAGUGAAUUUACCAGGUAGAAAUAAUGCGGGGGUCAUUGUACAUGUAAAUAGUUCCUCACAGACUUAUCUCGGUGCAAGUGUAGUUGUUUCAGAUUGACAAGGUUAACAUAGCAGGUCCAUAGUGGUGCUCAAUUUAAUGUUAAUAACUUUUUUAUCAAACAUCAUGGAAUUCUCUAUUUCAAUCUGAAGCAAUUACCAAUGAUAAUUUUAUUUAUGUACAUCACUAAUCACUUAUUUAAGUGCUUUGUAAUAUUUCUUUACCAUACACAACAGUGUUGUGAUUUUUCAUUAUCCAUUCUUGUUGUGUGGUUAUGUUAAAAUGAUUUUCAUGCUGUGCAAUUUUGUUAAUUUGUUUUAAUUUUGUUUUUGGAAUUCUUAUUUAGAAUAUAAAGUUUAUGGACUUCAUUGUUAAAAUUAUUUUAAAAUGUUCUGUUUUACAUUAUGAGAUUAUAUUUGAUUAUUUAUUUAGUUUUUUCCCAUCUGUUACAAAUAACUUAAUUACAUGAAGGGAAAACAAAGAUUGAAUAAACCUAUAUUUUCAUCUGACACCUGCCAAAAAAGUGCCAUCAGCUGUCUUAACUGCCUAGACACAUGAUCUUUUUGGGUGUUGCUUUAUUUGUCUCGAACCUCAAUACGCUUUGUUGAAAAGUGCUAUACCUGUGGUCAUUUUUUUGUUUCUCCCUAUUGAAGUUUCUUUAAUGCUCACAUACAAAUUAAGAGGGUUUUUACUCAAGUUGAAAUUUUACAGUAUGCUAUUAAUGGUACUCUUUACUUCUACAUCAGAAAAUUGGUUUAUCUUGCCUUUAUUAUAUUGGAUUUGGUGUAUUACUUUUUACACAUAUUUUAAUCCUGAAUCAUUAAUAUACCUCAGUCAUGUAAAAUGACCUAUUUGCUAAUGUGUUCUUUGUGUUAGACAGAUGUCUAAUGCUUUUUGAAGUUGAAGAUUAUAGUCUGAUAGUCUCCAUUUGUGAAAAAAAAAAUGUAGACUACAACUGCAUAAAUACAUGGUUUAAAAAGUAAAAUUGCCACUUGUCAGAGCAUUAAAGCUACUUUUGUAUAUAUUAUGUACUCUUCAUAUUAAUACAAUUAUAACUUUGAUUAAAGUAUUCUAAGUUUUGAUAGUGAAUUUUUCAGAAAACAGCAAACUCAUAUAUUUUUCUGUCUACUUUUGGAUGUAAUAAAUCAUUUUGUUUUCUAAUCUGUAUUCAUUUGAGUGAAAAUUAUAUACAUUGUACAUGUAAAAGUGGAAAAGUUAAAAUCUUCUUUAAAAAAAAAAACAAGAAAAAGUAUCUUAAAUUAAUUAAAAAAAGGUUGUGGCAU